AUGGCACAACAGCAAAACGAUGAAGUGAAUGCCGGUCAAGAACACCUGCUGGAGUUGAAGAUGGAGAACGCGCGUGACUUGCAUCCUAUCAUAAAGGCGCUUAUGUUUCGUGAGAAUGGAACAAUCGACGUGACAAGCUCCGGUUUGCGUGUUAUCGUUGACGACCAGAACUGUUUACAGGCAAUUGCUUACAUCAAAUCUGAACUGUUCAGCAGUUUCAUCUUACGUGAGCCAAGUCUCACGUUUCGAAUUCCGAUCGGCAUAUUAGGGGAAGCGUUAAGCGUGUUCGGAGCCGGUGUCAGUACUGCUCUAAAAAUGACUUACAAUGGGUAUGGAGAGCCGUUGAAAGUAAUGUUGGAAAAGGAUGGUAUUGUUGUGAGAUGUGUUAUACGAACACAAAAUCCAGAUGCGAUAUUGGAUUUUGAUUUUGAUUCGUCACGAAUUCCAACGAAAAUAAUCAUGAAACCACAGAAGCUGAAAGAAACAUUUCACGAAUUCGAUCCAACCAGUUCAACCGUGGCAAUUAAAGUGAAUCGACGGCUGCUGUGCCUUUCGACUGAAGGUGAUCUGGGCAAAAUUAAGACUGAGUUUCCGCAGCAUUCCGAACAGAUUGAAAGGCUCGAAUGUGCAGAGGAAGUUGAAUAUAGUUAUCGUUUGACUUUAAUUAAACGAAUGACUCAAUCUUUGAAUAUUUGUCAUAAGGUGUCGAUCCGUAUCGAUAACCGUGGUAUUUUUUCAAUACAAUUUAUGAUCGAACAGCCUGACAAUAAUCACGUUUUCAUUGAAUUUUUCUGUGUACCCGAUGCGGAUGAAAACGAUGAUACAGUAUUGAAUGAGAGUGCUUGA